AUGGCUGCUCCAGUUUCUGCGGAAUGGGCAUGGAAUGCUUCCACUCCAGGAAGACAGCACCGAGUCUCUCCUACAUCCAUCCUCUUCAAUCAAAGUCUCGUGUCCAAGGACAGAGAUCUAGUUUCUCAGUCAAUAGGUCUCUUCUUCAUGCUGUUGGUUGACCUGGUCGGCAUAAUUGGAAACACUGCAGUGAUGCUUGUAAUUAUAAGGACCCCAUUGUUCAAAAAAUUUGUUUUUGUUUUCCAUUUGUGUGUAGUCGAUCUGACAGCCGUCUUAAUCCUCAUGCCCUUAGGGAUGAUGUCCAGCUCCACUCUUUUUGACAACAUAACUUUUGGUGACACCUUGUGCCGGAUAUACCUCUUCCUAAGCAUGUUAUUUAUAAGUGCGUCCAUAUUGUCUAUACUGGCCAUUAAUGUUGAACGCUAUUAUUACAUUGUACAUCCCAUGAGAUAUGAGGUAAGGAUGACACUGAAGUUAGUGGUGUCUGUCAUUAUUUGCAUAUGGAUCAAAGCCACUUUGAUGUCAAUACUGUCAGUCUUGGGUUGGAAUUCCCAAAGACAUGUGAACAAUCAGUGUUCCUGGCAAUGGGGCAGAGAGAUGUAUGAAAAGGUUUUCAUAGUUUUCUUUGGCCUGUUUUACUUCUUGUUCCCAGUGUUAGUUAUCCUGAUUGUUUACUGCAACAUGUUCAAAGUUGCCAGGGUUGCAGCACUACAACAUGGACCCUUGCCCACUUGGAUGGACACACCAAGGCAAAGGUCAGAAUCACUCAGCAGUCGGUCCACCAUGGUCACCAGCUCUGGAGGGACAAGGGCGUCCCCACAACGGACAUUCGGCGGAGGGAAAGCAGCCGUCAUCCUCUUUGUGGUCGGAGGCCAGUUUGUAUUCUGUUGGUUGCCAUUCUUUGCAUUUCACCUGCACUCUGUUUUGAGCCCAAGGUCAACCCCUCUGGACCUCUGGGAAACCAUCGUCACGUGGAUUGGGUACACAUCCUUCAGCAUCAACCCCUUCUUUUACGGAUGCCUCAAUCGACAGAUCAGGGGGGAGUUAAGCAAGCACCUCAACUGUCUCUUCAAACAGACUCUGGAAGAGGACCUCCGGUUGCCCAGCCGAGAAGGCUCCAUCGAGGAGAACUUUAUGCAGUUUUUGCAGAGGACUGGUUGCAACGCAGAAACCAGGUCUAGCUAUGAUGCUUCCAGUCCAAAGUUAGACCAGUCGGCUCUGGGUUUCAGGAUCCCAGGUCAGAUUGUGGAGGAAACAUCAGAUUUCCUUGAACAACACAUAGCCACUGACUUUACAAUGUCCAACAGCUGUAUUCGAAUUAGCAGGUCUCCAAAACACGAUGCUUAA